UAAAACCAAAGGCAGUUGUUUUAAUGCAGAUGAUUAAAUAGGUUGGUAAUAUGUGCAUUCCUUCUGCUAAACUUUGGUGUGUCCAUAGGCUACAACUGGAGCAGACGCAACAAUUACUUUCCGACCUCCAACAAACGCUGUCUGUCAAGACUAAGGAGCUGCGGGCUGCUCAUGUUGAAAUGGAAACACUUGAAGAAACAAUCGGGGUGCUGAAUCAUCAGGUGUCCCAAGUACAAGCAGGAAGCAGAGCUCCUUCAGCACUGGAUAAGGAGAAAGAUGCUCUGCUGGAUAAGGUGGAUCAGAAGACAGAGAAGCUGGUUGUUCUUCAGGAGGAGCUUGCAAUAAAGGAAAAAACCCUUGAAGAUGUGAGGCACACAGUCACCGUAAUGGACAAAUCAUUGGCUCAGCUGCAGGGAGCGCUAAGCAGUCCAGUGGCGACCUGCUUUACACCACUGCAUCCCACGCUUGGCAUUGGACGUGGUGAUGUAUGGCUUAGAUGCAGCUGCCGGCCAUUGAAACCCAUUCCAUGAAGCUCACUGCGUACUGUACGUGGGCUAAUUGGAAGGUCACAUGAAGUUUGGAGCUCUGUAGCAACUGACUGUGCAGAAAGUCUUUGCACUAUGCGCUUCAGCAUCCGCUGACCCCUCUCUGUCAGUUUACAUGGCCUACCACUUGGUGGCUGAGUUGCUGUUGUUCCCAAACACUUCCAUUUUCUUAUAAUAAAGCCGACAGUUGACUUUGGAAUAUUUAGGAGCGAGGAAAUUUCACGACUGGAUUUGUUGCACAGGUUCUAUGACAGUUCCACGCUGGAAAUCACUAAGCUCAUGAGAGCGGCCCAUUCUUUCACAAAUGUUUGUAGAAACAAGUGCUUGGUUUUAUACACCUAUGGCCGGGCCAAGUGAUUAGGACCCCUGAUUCUCAUCAUCUGGAUGGGUGGCCAAAUACUUUUGGCAAUAUAGUGUAGCUAGCUAGCACAAAUAUACAUAAAUUAAUAGAACCAAUCAAGGUCUAUUUAUUUACACACCUUGUCAAAAUCACCCAAGGUGUCCCAUUAGUUUGGGCUGCAAAUUGUUUUGGUCUUGAAAGUUUUAACAUUGUAUGAUUCAUAACCAACCCCAUUUAAAUGUAAAUAACCAUAAUAGUUAGACAACAAAAAUACAGCACAAACGAAGGGGACACUUUUAGGGAGAUUUUGACAUAGUUCAGGGGCUGAUUAUAAAUAACACAAUAACAUAACUAAUGGACAAUAUUUGUCAGCACAGACAAAUGGGACAAGGUUGGUGAGAUUUUGACAAGGUUUAGGGGCUGGUUAUGAAUAACCCGAUAACAUGAAAACCUUAGUAGCUAGACAAAAUAAAUAAUUUGCAGCUCAAACGAAAGGGACUAAUUUAGGGACAAGGUGCGUGUGUGUUUCUGAAUAAUAAAACGUUAAAAACUGCUAAAAAAAAAUUGCAGCACAAAAGAUUAAGAAUGGAAUAGAAUAGAAUAUCUCUUUAUUGUCAUUGUACGCAAAACUAAUUUAGUGCAAAUUCAUAAUAACACAUAAAAACAUAAGAACAUAAAUAAAUAGAUAAAAAUACAUAAAAUACCAAGCACACAGCUCACAUGCACAGUCAUUAUUGUCUUGUGUUCAGUGACACUAUUGCUCUCGGGUAAAAGUGUUCUUUAAUCGGUUUGUCCGGUAUUUUAUUGUCCUGUAUCUCCUGCCCGAGGGCAGCAGUUCAAAAAGUUUAUGUCCAGGUUGAGAUGGGUCCCUUAUUAUGUUUUGGGCCUUUUUGAGGCACCUAGCACUGUACAGUUCAUCUAGGGAGGGGAGAGAGCAGCCAGUGAUCUUAAUGGCAGUUUUUAUGACCCUCUGAAGUGCAUUUCUCUCUGCCACCGUGCAGCUGGCAUACCAUACAGUACACACAUGCAGUAUGUCAGCACACUCUCUAUUGAGCAGCGAUAGAAGGACACAAGCAGUUUUUGUGACAGGUGGUUCUUUUUGAGGAGUCUCAGAAAGUAAAGUCUCUGCUGUGCCUUUUUGAUGGUCACUCAGGUGUUCAUACUCCACGACAGGUCUUCCUCUAUCUCAGGGGUCGGCAACCCAAAAUGUUGAAAGAGCCAUAUUGGACCA